UUUGUUCUGGUGCCUGUUAGCAUUUAGCUUGUCGAGUGGCUCGUCUGCGGACUCUGGACGCAGUUACCGGUCGAUUUCCGUGAUGGUUCGAUAAAAACAACCACAACAACUGAGCCCCUUUUAAACAUGGCGCUUUCGAUGGAGACGCAGCUCCAGAGCAUCUUUGAAGAUGUUGUGAAAACGGAGAUGAUAGAAGAAGCCUUUGCUGGGAUGUUUAUGGACACUCCAGAGGAUGAGAGGACUAAACUGAUCAGUUGCCUUGGAGCCUUCAGACAGUACUGGGGAACGCUACCGCAGGAGUCUCAUGACCAGUGUGUACAGUGGAUAGUACGUUUUAUACACAGCCAGCACAGUCCCAAAAGAAUCUCCUUCCUCUACGACUGUCUUGCAAUGGCUGUGGAGACCAGCCUGCUACCACCGAGGAUGGUGUGUGUGGCUCUGAUCAGCUCAGACAGUCUGGAGUGGGAGAGAACUCAGUUGUGGGCGUUAACCUUCAAACUGAUCCGCAAGAUCAUCGGCGGGGUGGACUACAAGGGUGUGCGGGACUUGUUGAAAGCUGUUCUGGAUAAAAUUCAGACCAUUCCUACCACUGUCAGCUCAGCAAUAGUCCAACAGCUUCUGGCUGCCAGAGAGGUAGUGGAGUAUAUCCUGGACAGAAAUGCCUGCCUGCUGCCAGCCUACUUUGCCAUCACAGAAAUCAGAAAACUGUAUCCAGAGGGACAGCUCUCACACUGGCUUCUUGGCAGUUUGAUAUCUGACUUUGUGGACAGUUUCAGACCCACAGCCAGAAUCAACUCAAUUUGUGGACGAUGCAGCCUGUUACCAGUAGUGAAUAACAGCGGGGCCAUCUGUAACUCCUGGAAGUUAGACCCCACUACUCUUCGCUUCCCCCUGAGAGGCAUGCUGCCUUUUGAUAAGGACCUGUUUGAGCCGCAGACAGGCUUGCUGCGCUAUGUGCUAGAGCAGCCGUACUCAAGGGAGAUGGUGUGCAACAUGUUAGGACUCAACAAGCAGCACAAGCAGCGGUGCCCGGUGCUGGAGGAGCAGCUGGUGGACCUGGUGGUGUACGCCAUGGAGCGCUCCGAGACCGAGGAGCACUUUGACGCCGACGUCGGAGGAACCAGCCAGCUGCUGUGGCAGCACCUCUCCUCGCAGCUCAUCUUCUUUGUGCUGUUUCAGUUUGCGAGCUUCCCACACAUGGUGCUGUCGUUACAUCAAAAGCUCGCAGGCAGAGGUCUUAUUAAAGGGAGAGAUCACCUGAUGUGGGUCUUGCUACAGUUCAUAUCAGGGAGCAUUCAGAAAAACGCCCUGGCUGACUUCCUGCCUGUCAUGAAGCUCUUCGACCUGCUUUAUCCAGAAAAGGAGUGCAUCCCUGUUCCUGACAUCAACAAGCCUCAGUCGACACAUUCCUUUGCCAUGACAUGCAUCUGGAUCCACCUCAACCGCAAAGCCCAGAACGACAACUCCAAACUACAGAUUCCCAUCCCACACUCUCUGAAACUACACCACGAGUUUCUCCAGCAGUCGCUGCGGAACAAGACUCUGGGCAUGUCCGACUACAAGAUCGCCCUGCUGUGUAACGCCUACAGCACCAACUCGGAGUGCUUCACUCUGCCGAUGGGCGUCCUCGUGGAGACCAUAUACGGAAACGGAUCCAUGAGGAUCAACCUGCCCGGCACCAACUGCAUGGCAUCGGGAUCUGUCACGCCGCUGCCAAUGAACCUGCUGGAUUCACUCACAGUACACGCAAAAAUGAGUCUGAUCCACAGCAUUGCCACACGCGUGAUAAAGUUGGCUCAUGCCAAAUCCAGCAUUGCCCUGGCCCCUGCACUGGUGGAGACGUACAGCAGACUUCUGGUCUAUAUGGAGAUCGAGUCGCUGGGCAUCAAGGGUUUCAUCAGCCAGUUGUUGCCCAACGUGUUUAAGUCUCACGCGUGGGGAAUCCUUCACACUCUGCUGGAGAUGUUCAGCUACAGGAUGCACCACAUACAGCCGCAUUACAGGGUCCAGCUGCUGAGUCAUCUGCACAGUCUUGCUGCCGUACCGCAGACCAACCAGAAUCAGCUGCAUCUAUGUGUUGAGAGCACAGCUCUGCGGCUGAUCACAGCGCUGGGGAGUUCGGAGGUACAACCCCAGUUCACCCGCUUCCUCAACGACCCAAAGACGGUUUUGUCUGCCGAGUCUGAGGAACUGAACCGAGCCCUGAUCCUCACCUUGGCCAGAGCCACACACGUCACUGACUUUUUCACAGGGUCAGACUCCAUCCAUGGGACUUGGUGUAAAGACAUUCUCCAGACCAUCAUGACCUUCACGCCUCAUAACUGGGCCUCACACACACUGUCCUGCUUCCCCGCUCCACUACAGGCGUUCUUCAAGCAGAACAACGUUCCUCAGGAGUCUCGCUUCAACCUGAAGAAGAACGUGGAAGAAGAGUACAGGAAGUGGAAGUCCAUGGCUAAUGAGAACGACAUUAUUACCCACUUCUCCAUGCAGGGCUCACCGCCGCUCUUCCUCUGUCUGCUGUGGAAGAUGCUGCUGGAGACGGACCACAUUAACCAGAUAGGCUUCAGGGUCUUGGAGCGCAUUGGGGCGCGUGCACUCGUGGCUCAUGUGCGCACGUUUGCGGACUUCCUCGUCUACGAGUUCUCCACCUCAGCGGGCGGACAGCAGCUCAACAAGUGCAUCGAAAUCCUGAACGACAUGGUCUGGAAGUACAACAUAGUCACACUGGACAGACUCAUCCUGUGUUUGGCGAUGCGGAGCCAUGAGGGCAACGAGGCUCAGGUUUGCUACUUCAUAAUCCAACUGCUGCUGCUGAAGCCCAACGACUUCAGAAACCGAGUCAACGAUUUUGUGAAGGAGAACGCUCCCGAGCACUGGCUCCAGAGCGACUGGCACAACAAACACAUGAGCUACCACAAGAAAUACCCAGAGAAGUUGUACUUUGAGGGUCUCGCAGACCAAGUAAACCCCCCCAUGCAGCUCCAGCCUCAGUACCUGCCAAUCUACUUUGGCAACGUGUGCCUGCGUUUCCUGCCCGUCUUUGACAUCGUCAUCCACCGCUUCCUGGAGCUUCUCCCUGUCUCCAAGUCUCUGGAAACGCUGCUGGAUCACCUGGGUGGACUGUACAAGUUCCAUGACCGCCCGGUUACCUACUUGUACAACACACUUCACUACUACGAACGACACCUGAGAGACCGGACCAACCUGAAGAGAAAACUUGUGCACGCCAUCAUGUCUUCACUGAAGGACAACCGCACCCCAGGUUGGUGCCUGAGUGAGACCUAUCUGAAGUGCGGCAUGAACCCCAGAGAAGACAACGUGUGGAUCCCCGACGACACCUACUACUGCAAGCUGAUUGGACGCCUGGUGGACACCAUGGCGGGAAAGUCGCCGGGUCCGUUCCCCAACUGUGACUGGCGGUUCAACGAGUUCCCCAACCCGGCAGCCCACGCUCUACACGUCACUUGCGUGGAGCUGAUGGCUCUGGCGGUGCCCGGGAAGGAGGUUGGCAACGCUCUGCUCAACGUGGUGCUGAAGAGCCAACCCCUGGUACCCAGAGAGAACAUCACAGCCUGGAUGAAUGCCAUUGGACUUGUGAUCACUGCACUUCCUGAGCCGUACUGGAUCGUCCUCCACGACCGCAUCGUGUCCGUGAUCAGCUCCCCGGCCCUGACGUCGGAGACCGAGUGGGCCGGUUAUCCCUUCGCCCUGCUGGACUUCACCGCCUGCCACCAGAGCUACAGCGAGAUGAACUGCAGCUACGUGCUGGCGUUGGCACACGCCGUCUGGCAUCACUCGUCCAUCGGACAGUUGUCUCUUAUUCCCAAAUUCCUCUCAGAGACUUUGAAGCCCGUCGUCCAGACAGAGUUCCAGUUGCUCUACGUGUAUCACCUGGUGGGGCCGUUCCUGCAGCGCUUCCAGCAGGAGAGGACGCGAUGCAUGUUGGAGAUCGGUGUGGCCUUCUAUGAGAUGCUCCAGGCGGUCGACCAACAUUGCCAACAUCUCAGCUACAUGGACCCGAUCUGCGACUUCCUCUAUCACAUUAAAUACAUGUACACCGGAGACAGCGUGAAAGAGCAGGUCGAGAAAAUCAUCAUGACUUUGCGUCCGGCCAUGAAGCUGCGUCUGCGCUUCAUCACACACAGCAGCAAGAUAGAGACCUCGUCAUCAGCCCCCUCCGCCGCCGCCUCCACGUCCACCACCUCCUCUUCCUCCUCCGCCCCUCAGCCCCCUCCCUCCUCGCUCUCCUCAUCCUCUGCCACCGCCUCGCCCUCCGCCACGCAGCACGCACACGCGCCCAUGUAGGCCGUCCAGGUGAACACACAAACAGUUGCAAUCAUGAGCACGGAGGGACACGAGGCAGAAAUAUCAAGUCUUGAGUUUUUAGAAAAAACUUUUUUUCAUUAGUUGUUUUUUUUAACUAGGAUUAUUCUCAAAUUAUGGAUUUCACUUGUAAAUUGUACCUUAAUAAACAAAGAAGACUCGAGAGCUGCUCGUGUCCUAGAAAACCUAGAAAACCCAACUUGUCACAAAGAAAACAAGCUGCUGCCCAUGAAAUGAAAAGGCAGUUCUUGUUAUUAUCAUAUGCCAUUUAUUUUUCUGUUUGAAGUCAUUUUUAUAUUGUAUGUUAUCAUUAUUACUUCAUUAAAAAAGAGAUUUUCGUA